AUGGCGCCUUCCCAGACGGUGCACCACCACCGGUCCACCACCAAGGUUUCGCACAAGCCCUACAAGAGCAAACAUGCCUCCAAGAGUGCCUUGAAAGACCAGGCUAAAGGCAAAAUCGAAGGUGAUGAGCGGGGCUCACGCAAGACACCCCACCAACAGCUCAAGUCGAAACUCGAUCGCCGAAACACCGCCCGCCAAAGGCAGGCAACGAAGCAGCAGGACCGGGCCCAAGCUACCAGCAUUUUCGCCGGCCAGAGCGGUGCUCCCCGCCAUGUCGCAGUUGUGCCAUUGUCCCCCGAUAUCGACGUUGCCGCCGCUAUUACCUCCCUUAACGAGAGUGUCGAUGUUGCGUGCGAGGUCUCGCCCGAUGGACCUACCCGCGUGCGCAUUGAUAGAUUCCGCCAGAGUGUGCAGUAUGUUCCGGCCAAGUUCGACUUGAUUAGCGCCCUGGAUGUGUGCCGUAUGGCCGAUUUCGUUAUGCUGGUGUUGUCUUCUGAAGUUGAAGUUGAUGAUGAUGGAGAGAUGAUGUUGCGCUCGAUUCAGAGCCAGGGUAUCUCGAAUGUUGUGACCGUUGUUCAGGGUCUCAACCGCGUUGAGCCUCCCAAGAAGCGCCCUGGAGUUGCUGCUUCGUUGAAGUCUUUCAUCAACCACUUCUUCCCGACUAUUGAGAAGGUCAUGUCUCUUGAUUCUCGACAGGAGUCCUCCAAUGCCAUCCGUUCGCUCUGCACUGCCACCCCCAAGGGAAUCCGCUGGCGUGAUGAUCGCAGCUGGAUGUUUGUCGAGAACAUCCAGUGGCCCGAGUCCAACCUGGAAGUUGUGGAUGACGUCGUUGUCACCGGUGUUGUUCGUGGAAAGGGCCUGAAGGCUGACCGUAUUGUCCAUCUUCCCGGCUGGGGCGAUUUCCAGAUUGAUUCGAUCACUGCUGCACCACUAGCAACCACCAAGAACAAGAAGGACGAUGCGAUGAACGUUGAUACCAAUGAGACCACACAAGUUUUGGACACCCCCUCAGCAGACCAGGAUGAUAUGGCCACCGUCGCCCCUGAAGAAAUCGAUAUGGUCGAUGAUGAUAUGGUCUCGAUGGCCGAAACCGAGAAGAAGGGUGUUCUGCUGGAUGACUAUCACUACUUCUCUGAUGACGACUCACACAUUCCCGCAACACCUAAGAAGUUGCCCAAGGGGACUUCAAAGUACCAGUCGGCUUGGUAUCUCGAAGAUGUCUCAGACUCCGGAUCCGACGUCGACGACGAAGAUGAGCCCAUGGAAAUGGACACCGCCGGUGCGCCAGAGGAUGGUGUGUUCCCUGACCACCAGGAUGCUAUGACCGAAGGUGGCCCCUCAGAAUACCCCCAGUCCGAGAUGUUCCUCGACCCAUCUCCAGAGGACGAGGCCCAAGAACUGGCUGCCUACCGUGCCAGCCGUAAGACUGAGGCAGAGGAGGACCUCGAGUUCCCCGACGAGAUCGAAUUGCACCCCAACGUUUUGGCCAGAGAGCGUCUGGCCCGAUUCCGUGGAUUGAAGAACCUCAAGCUCAGUGCCUGGGAGACAUCCGAGGAUCGUCCUUACGAGCCUGAGGACUGGCGCCGACUGCUGCAAUUCGCUGAUUACAAGGGUUCCAAGAACCGCAUCCUGAGAGAGGCUCUGGCAGGUGGAGUCAACCCCGGCAUUCGGGUCGAUGUGCACCUCCGCGCAGUGCCCUCCAUUUUGCGCAACAAGCCCCAGCCGCUUUCACUCUUCUCGCUGCUCCGCCACGAACACAAGCAGACUGUGGUCAACGUUAACAUGUCCCUAAACUCCAGCUACGAGAAGCCCCUCAAGUCCAAGGAGCAGCUUGUCGUCCAAUGCGGUCCUCGCCGUAUGAUCGUCAACCCCAUCUUCUCCGCAGCCGACAACACACCGAACAACGUCCACAAGUUCGACCGUUUCCUGCACCCUGGCCGCAGCGCCAUCGCCUCCUGGAUUGGACCCGUUACCUGGGGUGCAGUCCCCAUCCUCGUCUUCAAGAACAAGCAAGUUGAGGACCCCGAAGAGAUGGAUACCGCCGAUGCCACAGAGGCUAUUGACAUGGACCGCCUUGAGCUGAUCGGUACCGGUACCGUCGUUGCACCGGAUCAGAAGCGUGUCGUUGCCAAGCGCGCUAUUCUCACUGGUCACCCCUACAAGAUUCACAAGAAGGUCGUUACCAUCCGGUACAUGUUCUUCAACGCCGAGGACAUUCAAUGGUUUAAGGCACUCCAGUUGUGGACCCGCCGUGGCCGCAGCGGAUACUUCAAGGAGAGUUUGGGAACACACGGUUACUUCAAGGCCACCUUUGAUGCCAAGAUCAAUCCGCAAGACUCUGUGGGUAUCAGUUUGUACAAGCGUGUUUUCCCUCGCAAGGCUCAGCCUUUGGAGGCGAUUUCUGCCUAA